AUGAAAACCCCCGUCAGUCAUAAAGUGUCGAUGGAACGCCGCAACAAACAGGGCGAAGUGAUCGUCAAGUCGGGCGUGCUGUUCAAAAAGGGCUCUGGUGGAGGCCUGCUGAAGCGGAGGAACUGGAAGCCGCGGUACUUUGAGCUGACCCAAUAUGCGCUUCGGUACUUCACUGUGCAAGAUGGCGAGCUCAAGGGCGACAUCAAUCUCAAAAUGUGCGGCGAAGAUACGCUCGAGAUCAUGCCCGCAGACUCGAUGAAGACAGGAGGGUCUGCGUCCACAAUCUGGCGCAUUGCAAUCAACACUCCAGACCGCCGUCUCCUGGUUGCUGCAAGCACUGAGCACGAAAUGAACGACUGGGUCGACGCCCUCCUUGAGGUAUUUCGCGCCAACACCACAGGUGGGGCUGGCCGGUCUACUCAUAUGCAAAAGCUCCCACCACAACAACAUCAACAUACAUGCGGUUCCCGCUCGAGCUACGCGUCCAAGCCGCAUUAUCGCCCGUCCGACAUGUCCGAGGACGGAUACUCGUCGCCCGACAACGACGACGGGCGGUAUAGCCAAGCCAGCGGUGGGAGUCGCCACAGCAACGUGUCGGCGUCAUCGAAGCAGCAGCACAUUGCUGACAACUUUAUCAUGGCGCCGCCUCCCCAUCGCCGCGACGAAGGAGCGGGCCGACCCUGCGGCAGUCGAACCCCUCCGAAACCGCAAGUCCUACCAACAUUGGCGGCCAAAACAGACUCGUUCGAAACCCACGGCGAAUACACCUUUUAGCCAUGUCGUUCGGCACUAAAAGACGCUAACUUAUGAUGUGCUUGACGACCCACCCA